AUGGGCCCCUGUACCGCCUCCUCAUGCUGCUGCCAGGCCCGUAAUCUGCCAUGGGCCCCCGUACCGACUCCUCAUGCUGCUGCCAGGCCCGUAAUCUGUCAUGGGCCCCUGUACCGCCUCCUCAUGCUGCUGCCAGGUCCAGAGUGUGUCAUGGGUCCCUGUACGGCCUCCCAUUGCUGCUGUCUCCAUCGCCACACUCUGCCAUGUGCCACUUUCAGGUCUCCUCACACUGCUGGUGGGUUCCAUUUUGUCAUAGGGUGCUGUAUGGCCUCCCAUUGCUGCUGCCUCCACCGCCACACUGUGGCUCCACACUCUGGUUUUGGCCCCGUGACUGCCCAAAUGAGUGGAAGUGUGCGGUGAUUCUAAGAUCGACGGCACUCAUCUGCAUGUCAUACUGACUGACAGUAUUAUUUCUCUUCCCCAGCAGACUCCAAGGGCAUUUAAAUUAAAGGUACAGUGUUCUGCACUAAUAUAA